AUGCACUCGGCAGGGCCCUUCUAUCAACACCUUUAUAAAGAGCCAAGCUUGCUCUUGUCUUCGACCCACCAUGACCUCUGGCCAACGCUGACAAUGUUGCUGCUUCAAUCCCUCUUGUUCCUUGGGUUCUCAGUUUCCGCUGCUCUUGCGCAACUCAGGAACGUUACUGUCGACGAUCAAAGCUCUCUGUUUCGUUACACGCCGAGUGCAAGCUGGGAAUGGCACGAUGACGGAGGAGCCGGGUGGGAUAGUGGUGGAGGACAUUCGGUGACGGCGGACCCAGACGCGGUUGCGUCGAUAAAUUUCACCUUCGUGAACUUUGACUUCGUGUCGGCGCUGUACCCGUUCUCUAUUAAGACGAACAUCUUCGUGGAUGGUGUCUUCUUCCGGACAGUCGACUUGCAAGAUUACAACACCGUCAAUGAUGGUUCAGGUCAGAGCACGGUCAGGGCAGGUGUGAGGGCGACAUAUCAAGGUGGUGCGAGCAGGACUCGACAGCUGAGCUUCCAAAUGACACCUGGCGAGACGCUCGCCGUCAUGGACGCCAUCAUAUUUGAGGUUUCAUCAUCCUCGGGUGGUGGGAGUAACACCGGUCGAAACGUCGGGAUUGCACUCGGGGUUGUGAUCCCCAUUGUUCUUGGAGUCGCCGCGUUCUUUUUGUGGAGGUGGCGUCGUCGAAGACGCGACGGCUCGUCCAAGCUUAACGGCAAUGUGCAUACAACGCUCUCUUCAACACCAUAUUCGCCGUCGCCGCUGGCCCCAAUCCCACUGUCAUCGCCAGCGCACGACCGAGAAAAGGGCUUGUCGCCGAGAGCCUUCCCGAAUGCAGAGAAGCAGCCAGGCAACGUCUUGGUGUCCAAUGUCUCAAAGUCAUCUUCGCCUCCGCAUUCACCACCGUCGUCGCCUCGUGUCCCCCCACCCCCACGGCCGCCAGUGAAAGCCUUGGUGACACCCGUCGAAAACCCUUUCCAGGAACCAGCGCAGGCAACUGAAAGCUAUUUUUCGAUUCCGGCUUCCCAGCCAUCGUUGGUUCCGAUCCCGGUGUCUCCACCCAGCCAAGAACAACGGGAAGCUAAAGCCGUGGCGACACCUCCGCCGAAGGUAUUCCCACCUCCAGUACAACAACAGCCAAUACCGGCGCCGACGCAGGACAAUACCCAAAGGGAUAGCGUCAGCUCAAGAUAUCCUUCGACGCCGUCAUCACCUGUGUCUCCUGGGCGAGAUCGAGAGAAUGCACCGUCAAGCUCCUCCUCGUUACCUCCCACCUCGCUAGCAGCACCUAUCGUGCUUGCAUCUCCGCCUAAGCCAACCCCGGAGCCAGUGCGGGUGUUGGAGAACAAGAGAAGCUCGGUGAAACCACCUCCUCCCAGGCCGCUGCAGGACAAGGCACCAGCGGCCGCUACCAACACGGCCUCUUCUACAGCAUCAUCCCCGCCGUCGCCAACUGUAGUUGAGAACAAGAGAGCACCUCCACCGACGAGACCUCCGGCACUCACGAUGUCCUCGCCGUUCCCAUUGCCGUCAUCGUCUUCAUCUUCGUCAUCACCUCCGAUCUCGACACCCUCUCAGGAACAAGAACGGCCGGUGGGUGUAGUAGCACCUGCGUCCAAGAAUUCCGCGGAGCCAACGAAAUCGCCACCUCGGAAGGAGAAAGAGAAAGAGAAGGCAUCAGCACCGAUAACACCCCAAGUCCAGCCUCUCUCCAAGCCGGAGAAAAAGAAGAAAGAGUCAACACUGCCGAAAUUUAAGUUCUUCCGUCAGAAGGUGCAGGAGAAGGAGAAAGAGAAAGAGGACAAGCUUACCCUGCCACCACCUCCAAAGCUACAAAGCCUGACCUCCGACUCUACCUCAGACAUUGGCAUCGUCGGAAGCGCCGCGCCUGUCGCACCUACACCCCCACCGGAGCCAAGCGACUGGCCUCCUCCCUCUUCGUCCUCUUACGCUCCUGACCUGGCAGAACUCGGCGCUGGGGCUGCUGGAGUCGGGACGUGGCGUGCGGGACGUGGGAUCGCGUCCCUAUCGGGCCCGCCGGCGGGAUACAUCAGCCCGAACAGCAGCUUGGAUGCGAAUGGCCCACCGACGGUGCGCAUGGUGCCGCCCCCGCAGAGACAGCCGUCGACGUUGGGCCGUCGCCGGAUGAGUUGGAACGAUGCGGCGCUGGCGGUUGUUGGGUCGCCGCCGCCGUCGGCGUCCUCGCCUCUUCCUCCACCAGGCUAG